AUGUGGUCGGUGUGCCUGCCCGGUUGGGGCGCGGCGAUGGUGGCCGGCACCCUGCUGCUGUACGGGACCCUGGACGUGGCCUACUUCGCCCGGAUGAUGUUCACGGUGGCGCGCGCCCGCUACUUCAGGAAGAAGGCGUGCAUCUUGGAGACCACGGAGGUGCACUCUUGGUGCCUCCUGACGGACAUCGACACACUCCUGUACCAUAUGAACAAUGCGCGCUACCUCCGCGAGCUGGAUUUCGCGCGGGCCGACUUCUACGAACGCACCGGCCUAUACGCGAACAUACGAGCCGCAGGCGGUGCGGUGGUGCAAGCGGCUGCGACGAUCCGCUACCGCCGCUACCUUAAGCCGUUCACGCGUUUCAAGAUCACGUCUAAGGCUGUGUACUGGGACGAGCGCACGCUGUUCAUGGAGCACGAGUUUGUGGGCCCCGGGGGUUUCGUCCACGCGGUGGCCGUCUGCCGCCAGCGCGUCAUCGAUACAUCAGCGGCCGCCAUAGCGGAGCUACUGCUGCAGCUACACUGCGCGGGCGCCUGUCGAAGCCCGCCCGACAAGAUGCCGCCCGAGUUGGAGUUGUGGGUGCAGAGUAACGAGCUUAGCUCGGCCAAACUUCGAGCUCCGCUGAUCCCAAAGUCCAUUUUGCACACCGCACACCCACUGAGCUGCGGCGAAAUGGUCCCCAGCCUGGCCAACGAG